UCCAGGUGUAUCCUCCCCAUCGCUGGCUCAACAACCAGUAUUCAACACAGCCUUUCCGUAUCAGUUGUCAACCCUUUGUAUCACCAUCUCAGUUUUCUUCGAAUUCAGCUCAUACUAUGGCUUGCCACGGCCGGUACACUACCGAAAAAGUAACUUACCCAUCUCACGGGGAGACAAUCACUGGCAUCCUUUACAUGCCCAAAGGCAUCACAAAUCCUCCUGGUGUUGUUGUCCUCGGUCCAUACUCGUUCGUCAAGGAGCAAGCCCCAUUACAAUAUGGUACGCGGCUCGCCGACGAAGGUUACGCCGCCUUGAUCUUCGAUCCACGCACGGUUGGAGAGAGUACUGGAGUGCCGCGGCGUCUCGAGAACCCCCUGAUGAAGAACGAAGAUGUUGUGUCCGGCCUCGACUACCUCGCCAGUAGAGGUGAUGUGGAUGCCAAGAAACUGUUUCUCGUUGGUGUUUGCCAGGGCGGUCCCGAGUGCCUGGAUGUCGCGUCAUACGACGAUCGUGUCAUCGCUGUGGCUUCCGUGACAGGAUACUAUCGCGAUCACGAGACGGAUGUUUACAUGAUCUGUGCUGGCUGCGUCAACAUCGAGCCGGGCGUUGAUGUAGGAGCUAUGAAGAUGCCCACACCUGAGCAAGGAGAAGCUCUCUAUCAGGCGCGUAUUGAGAGAGCCAGAAAAGCUAAGGAACUGUACGACGAAACGGGAGAGGUCCUUUACCAACCUCUUGUGGACCCCAAAGCUGCAGACCCUAGUGUCGGCUCACUUGCCGGUCUUCCUGGACCGGUUCCAUGGUCGUGGUAUGGUCCUUGGACAUUGAAGGGUUUCGAGAAUCGAUACGCGGUCAUGAGUGAUUUAGAUCACUUCGGCUAUUCAACCGUAUCCGGUGUGGCAAAACUCAAUAAGCCAGCGUUGGUAAUACAUGGUGAUAAUUGCAUGAAUGCGCCGGCAGCAAAGAGGCACUUCGAAUCGAUCCCGACCAAGGCCAAGAAGCUGGUUUGGGAUAAUGGCGCGUCGCAUUUCCAGCACUACGAGCAGCCGGAUGUCGUCGAUCGUAACAUAGGCGAAAUCGCGGCCUGGUUCAAACAAGUAAAUACGUAAGAUAGAAUGCAGUAUGCACAUCGUUGAGUCAGUCUUACUCGACUGCGCAGACUACAUCUCUCUACAAGUCCCAGGUUGCUUGUCAUGGUUCAUGAUGUAACCAACUCCAGAUGACGCCUGAUCUACACAGCAUGGUCACGUAUGUCUUUCCAAAGAAUGGACUCUCUAAUGGUUGCAAACGGUU